CGCAGCAUGACCUCUCGACGUGCUGAGCUCGAUGAAAUCUUCGGAACACUCCACCCUUACGAGAUUCCUUGGAGAGACCGACAGCUUUUCCUCCAGUCUCGUGGAUACAUGCUUCGCCCAAGACUUCGCCCAGGUUGGCAGCCAUCGUGGAGGAUACCGGGCAACACGACUCCAAUUGGACUUUGCGAGGACUCCUGCUGUCUUUCUGGACGCAAGCCGUGCGUGGAUGCAACCAGAAUAUCGGACGGGGAGUUGGUGUUUAUCAAGCGAGUCAAGACUGACGACGACGAGUCUCGCAUUGCCCUCUAUCUUUCCGACAAUACUUUUCGCCAGGACACUCAAAACCACUGUGUCCCCAUCAUCGACUACUUCGAAGAUUCAGACGAUCCCUCUAUAUCGUAUCUUGUUAUGCCCUUCCUGUCUAGCAUAGAUGGCCCACCUUUCGAAACCGUUGGAGAUGUGGUAGAAUUUUGUGACCAGAUUCUAGAGGGAUUUGUCUUUCUCCACGAACGUGGAGUAGCUCAUCGAGACUGUGCUUCAAACAAUCUCAUGAUGGAUGCUAGUCGUAUGUACCCCAAGGGUCAUCACCCACUCCAUGAGAGUUUUCUCCCUAGCUUCGAGGACUGGGCACCUAUAAUUGCGCGCUCAGCUGCCCACGUCAAAUACUAUUUCGUCGACUUUGGAAUAUCAUCCUCGUUUUCCCCUUCGGACACGGAACCCAAACUAGUCUUAGGAGAAGACGGUAUUGACCAAGAGGUUUCCGAACUAUCGGACACUGUUCCCUACGACCCGUUCAAGGUGGAUGUAUUCAUAAUGGGCAACGUUUUUCGGCGUAAUUUUUACGACGUUUUCUCAAACGUCGGGUUUCUCAAGCCAUUGUUCGAACCCAUGAUACGUGCAGAUCCUUCAUCAAGGCUUCCCGCAGAACAGGCGUUGGCUCUCUGGAAAGAAAUUCGCCCCCACAUAUAUUCUGUACAUAAGUCCUGGAGGUUGCAUAGACGGGAUGAGUUCAUCGGCGACACGUUCCUCCUCGACUCCUUCUCCUUCGUCAAAUCUGGUUAUGACACGGUUAAAUCAAUCGUAGGGUGGUGAAGUUUCUGCGGAUGGAAAUAAAUUCCC